CCCUGAUGGAGGUAUUGUGUUUAAGUCAAAGAUAUUUUCAAAAAUAGAAAGUGUAUUAGAGAGUGAGGGUCUGGGAAACGCUGGGUUCGUUAGAUUGUCUGAAGAAAUGGUUGCAAUGUACUAAGUUAAGAAAAUGAAAGAGAGGUGGAAAAGUUUGUUAGUUGGCGGUCAAAGUCUAAACCCCACCAAGGCAAUAAAAUUUAGAAAACAAAAACUGCCAACCAACCCCAAAAGCCAAAAGCCAAAGCCCUUUGGAAAUUCCUUCCACCACCAAACCAAACUCACUCAUUUUGUUCUUCUUUUCUAAUUCCUUUUUUAUGGCUACAAACUUCAUGGAAUAAGGAAAGGAGAAGCAUAAAACAAACCAACCAAACCAUUUCCCCCCUCAAAGCCCUGUCUCCCUUCCAAAACUACACUUAAAGCUUCAACCUUUUCAUCACAACUAAUUCCAAUCCUUAAAAUUCUCACUGGGGUUUUUUAAUGCAUAGGGAAUUAUCAAGAUACUAAAUUUCCCGACAUAUCUAUCCAAGGUUGUGGACACUGCAAUUUACGUCUUUGAUGGUUUCGAGUUUUAUGUAUUAUGGUGUCAGUGUUUCUUAAUUGGCAUUUGAUUUGUGGAGGUUGUGAGUUGGGGUCGGUUACGUAGAUGGUGUAGAUAGGAAAGUAGGCGUUUUGAUAUUGUCAUUGACUUUGAUUUGAUGAAUUAUUUGUUGGUCAGUUGUGUGUGUGAGACUAUGUAAGGGAUGGUAUCAGCUACAAUUAGGCGAAUUGUGUCACCCUGUUGGAGACCAUCUGAUACGGGUGAAAUUUCUGGUAGGCAUGGAGAUUCAAGUGGGCGUGUUGAUGGUUUGUUGUGGUACAAAGAUUCUGGAAGACAUGCGCAUGGUGAAUUCUCAAUGGCAGUUAUUCAAGCAAACAAAUUGUUGGAGGAUCAAAGCCAACUUGAAUCUGGCCCCUUGAGCUUAACUGAGGGAACUCCUGUUGCAACUUUUGUUGGUAUAUACGAUGGUCAUGGAGGUCCAGAAGCUUCCCGGUUUGUCAAUGACAGUCUCUUUAAAAAUAUCAAGAAAUUUUCUUCUGAAAAUGAUGGAAUGUCAGCUGAUGUUGUCCAUAAAGCAUUCAUGGCAACUGAAGAAGAAUUUCUUUCUCUGGUAGAGAAGCAAUGGCUGCAUAAGCCCCCUCUAGCGUCAGUUGGAUCUUGCUGCUUGAUAGGCAUAAUAUGCUGUGGGGAGCUCUAUAUUGGAAAUGCAGGAGAUUCUCGAGCAGUACUAGGUAGAACGGAUGAGGCUACAAAAGAGAUUAAAGCUAUUCAACUAUCCGAGGAGCACAAUGCUAGCAUAGUAUCUGUCAGAGAAGAGUUGCGCUCAUUGCAUCCUGAUGAUCCGCAGAUAGUGGUUAUGAAGCACCAGGUCUGGCGCGUGAAGGGUCUGAUUCAGAUUUCAAGAUCCAUUGGUGAUGCCUACCUAAAGAAGGUAGAGUUUAAUAGAGCACCAUUAUUGCCAAAAUUUCGACUCCCGGAACCCUUUGAGCAGCCAAUCCUUAAAGCUGAACCAGCAAUACUGGUACAGAAAUUGUGUCCUCAAGAUCAGUUUCUCAUAUUCGCAUCAGAUGGGUUAUGGGAGCAUCUGAGCAGUCAAGAAGCAGUCGACAUUGUCCAAAACUGUCCACGCAAUGGAGUGGCAAAGAAACUUGUGAAAACAGCACUUUGUGAAGCUGCGAAGAAAAGAGAAACGAGAUACUCAGACUUGAAAAAGAUUGACAGAGGGGUGAGGAGACAUUUCCAUGAUGACAUCACUGUUAUAGUUUUGUAUCUUGAUUCAAAUUUUUUGGCCCGUGCCAAUUCUCGUGUACCCUUGGUUUCUAUCAAAGGAGGUGGUGAAAGUGGUUAUGGUAUUGGAAUUAUAGAUGCCUAGUUCAGGAGUUUUGGCACCAUUCCUCUCUUAAAUUUAUUUUCCCAAUGUAUGUGUAUAUUUCCCCUCUGCAGCUGGGAUCAUACUAAUACAAUUAUCUCUCACAAACACACUCUACUCUCUCAAUUACCUGCAACUUAUUUUACCACUUGAGACUCACUGGGUCCAACAAUAACACAUGCGUCAUGUUUUUCUAAUUAUUCAAAAUAAUUUAUCUAUGCAUCACCAGUUUCAUUGUUGUAACUACUGUUGCCACAUCCAAACAACUUUUAUCUGUCAGGAGAAUUCAGAAACUAAAAUGAGCUGAACAUUUCACAUCAAUUAUUGAUGAAUAAUACGUAAGUAACGACUAAUCUGUGUCGAAGUCUCUCGGAAAAAUCUUACACGAGUUGUGAAGCUUCUUCUUUAUGGAAGAUGGGAAACCCACAAAAAUCAAAUUCCUGCAUAUUACUAUGAUAAAAUAAUCCCAAAUGAUAGAGAAUUUGGAUGAAGAAAAAUUAUGUAGACGUAGACAAAUAGUUUAACUUGAAACUGUAAAUGAAAUUAUUUGAAACUGCUGUUGCAACUCUAGAAGUGCUUCACUGUUUUAAUGUUUAUGCAAGUAAAAGCACAAAGUGUCUUUCCCCUAUCCUGAGAGUAUAACAUCCUGAUAGUAUAGAAAACCCGAUUCAAAUUAAGGUAAGAACAACUAUAUUGUCAACCACAAUCACAUAAACAUAAGAAUCCCAAUUAGAAGGUACCAACGCACAUCAAAGUAACAAAGCAACCUAAUAAGGUAAUAUCAGAAUGCUGAUUAAGACCAGAAAGUAACAACACAAGCAACCUAAUAAGCUAAUAUCAGAUAGCUGAUGCUCUGAAUAAAACCACAAAGUAACAACACAGAAGAAUCCUAUUAAGCUAAUAUCAGAUUGCUAAUGCUGAAUGAAACCAGAAAGUAAGAAAUCAUCUAAUAAGCUAAUACCAGAAUGCUGAUGCUGAAUAAAACAGAAGUUUGGACUGAAAUGUAGGGGCCGCGCGGACGCAGGCCCCCUCUACCACAAAUUAUGACGUAGAUUCUGCCACUUGGACAGACCUUAGAACAGCACCCUUCUCAAGUGCAAUAGAACGUCACUGUCCUAGAUUAUGGGCCUUCUUGGUCACCCAUUAAUCCCGUCCAGGUAAGUAUGUUUCAAAAUCAUAGACACUUUUCUUUUGUAGCAAAAGGUUUGUACCGCUCAUUGCUCUUUCAGCGAUGUGGGACUUAGAACGCUACUUUUGCAUCUUCGAAAACGCAUCUCUCAAAACUUAGCCUCCUCUGCUACCUACCAGAUACCUUGUUUUCUACACAGAUUAUGGAGAAAAAGGCAAAUUAUGGAGAAAAUUAACUA